UGCCAGACGCCUGACCGGAGGCGGGCCCAGCCGCCAGCUGCCUCUUGAUUCUGCCCAGCACUUGGGUCCCGGCCUCACCUGCUCUCCCUGGGCAGCUGCGACCUGUGCGUCCGGCCAUGCGGUGGCUGUGGUCCCUGGCACUCUCUCUCGCUGCUGUGUGGGCUGUCGGGCAGGGCGGGGUCUCUGGGGACAGAGCUGAGGCCCAGGAGCAGCAGAGCCGGUCCAGGAGAGGAACCGAGGCCGGGGUGGCCAAGGAGGUGCAGCACUAUGUACCCGAAGAGUGGGCCGAGUACCCCCGGCCCAUCCACCCUGCCGGCCUGCAGCCCUCCAAGCCCUGGGUGGCCACCAGUCCCAGCCCCGACAAGGGUGGUGACGCCCCAGGCAGCGGGCAGGAGCCGAGGGGCAACCUGCCGGGGACGCCGAGUCAGAGGCUGCAGAUCCAGAACCCCCUGUACCCGGUGACCGAGAGCUCCUACAGCGCCUACGCCGUCAUGCUCCUGGCCCUGGUGGUGUUUGCCGUGGGCAUUGUGGGCAACCUGUCGGUCAUGUGCAUCGUGUGGCACAGCUACUACCUGAAGAGCGCCUGGAACUCCAUCCUGGCGAGCCUGGCCCUCUGGGACUUCCUGGUCCUCUUCUUCUGCCUCCCUGUUGUCAUCUUCAAUGAGAUCACCAAGCAGCGGCUGCUGGGUGACAUUUCCUGCCGGGCCGUGCCCUUCAUGGAGGUGUCUUCUCUGGGAGUCACGACCUUUAGCCUCUGCGCCCUGGGUAUUGACCGCUUCCACGUGGCCACCAGCACCCUGCCCAAGGUGAGGCCCAUCGAGCGGUGCCAGUCGAUCCUGGCCAAGCUGGCUGUCAUCUGGGUGGGCUCCAUGACUCUGGCUGUGCCGGAGCUCCUGCUGUGGCAGCUGGCGCAGGAGCCGGCCCCCACCGCAGGCACCGUGGACUCCUGUGUCAUGAAGCCGUCGGCCAGCCUGCCCGAGUCCCUCUACUCGCUGGUGAUGACCUACCAGAAUGCCCGCAUGUGGUGGUAUUUUGGCUGCUACUUCUGCCUGCCGAUCCUCUUCACCGUCACCUGCCAGUUGGUGACAUGGCGGGUGCGGGGCCCACCGGGCAGGAAGCCGGAGUGCCGGGCGGGCAAGCACGCGCAGUGUGAGAGCCAGCUCAACAGCACGGUGGUGGGCCUGACUGUGGUCUACGCCUUCUGCACCCUCCCGGAGAACGUCUGCAACGUGGUGGUGGCCUACCUGUCCACCGAGCUGACUCGCCAGACCCUGGACCUGCUGGGCCUUGUCAACCAGUUCUCCACCUUCUUCAAGGGCGCCAUCACCCCAGUGCUGCUGCUGUGUGUGUGCCGGCCGCUCGGCCAGGCCUUCCUGGACUGCUGCUGCUGCUGCUGCUGCGAGGACUGUGGCGGGGCCUCCGAGGCCUCGGCCACCGACGGCUCGGACAACAAGCUCAAGGCCGAGGUGUCCUCCAUCUACUUCCACAAGCCCAGGGAGUCCCCGCCGCUCCUACCCCUGGGCACACCUUGCUGAGGCCAGGCCAGGGGAGGGGAUGGGGCUGCCACCCCAGACCCAGCCGGGCCUGCUGUUUCUUUCCCCGUAGGUCUUGCUUGGCUGCCCUCCUGCUGUCUAGACAGACCUGGCUCCUCUUAUGCAGGUUUGGGGUUGAUGAACCCCUCUCCCUGAGCAGGGCUUUUCCUGUCAUGCUGAGGGGCCGUCUAGCACAGGUAGGCUGUGACCCUUCUAGGUCCUUAGAGCUGCCCAGAAUCUCAGUCCCACCGCUGCAAGCCGCAGCAGACCUGCCCCCUUCCUGGCUUCGGCCUGAUUCCCUCUCCGCCUCGGACCCACCCCCACCCCCACCUGGGGCCCAUCCCGGAAUGCGGGCUCCUUGGUGGGAGGCAGCCCAGUAGGCUCAGUACCCUUGCUUUGGACUGGAUCUGGGGAUUUCUGCUUCCUUCCCCUCUUUCACAGGUCCCCGGGUUGUCUUGUCCAAACUCCCUGGUCACGCGCUUUCCUACAGAAGGCCCUUCCCGAACAUCAAUAAACUAGGUAGAACUACCCUGCACCCAUGCACUUUCUUGUGCCCUGUCCUGGCAGUGCUGGUGGCACCAGGGGUUUCCCGGGGCUGGGCAAUGCCAAGGGCCGCAUUCCUCCUGCCCAUCUUUGGCCCUGGCUGUGGCUACUGUCUUGCCCUGGGAGCUUUUGUGGGGCAGAGAGGAUGCGGGGCUUGGGGACCUGAGGGACUAUGUAUUUAUCCUGGUCUGGAACCAGCAGCCUCUAGCAGUCAAAGGCUGCCAACUUGUCCCCUCUGAGCCCCCAGCUUUGAGUCACCCUCUCCCAACAAAGCCCUCAUUUGAGGGAAGCCAGUGGUCGUCCCUCUGUGAGCUACGGGGCUUCCCAGCCUGGCACUCUGUGAGCGGCUCUUGUUCAGGUCUUAGAACGGACUGUUUUGCCCGUAGAUGGUCCAGCUGCUUGGCCCCUGGCUGCCCCCAUCCGCCCCCGCCCCACCACCCUUCCUGCCAGGGCAGGGCUCUGUCCCAUGUCCCUAGCAGACCCUGCAGCUCCUCCUGCUGGUCCUGCCCUUGAAGUCUGCCCUCCUCCAGCCAUACCUCUGGGGUCCCCCAGAGCACUACUCAUGACCACCACAUCUACCUAGGAUGUCCACCGACACUGGGCCUCAGGAAUUGUCCCCAGGGGCCCAGGGACGGUGAGGGGCAGGAGGUUGUGAGUGGCCUGGGCCUCAUUCUUCCUGUCCAGCCACCCACACCCCUUGGCCUCGGCCUGCCCAGUGCCCCAGCGCCUCCCCCAGGGAUCUUAGCAGCCUUGUUCUCUCUCCCUGGCACCCACCCCCAGGGCCAGUGACACCGCCAAGAGAGAGAGGCCGUUGCUAGGUGAUAGUGCUGCCAUGUACUGGGGAAUGACACCACCCAUUUCUCAGCAGCCCUGUUGCCACAGUGACCGAAGCCCCCAGCUUUGUCUGUGGAGACUUUGGCUGGGAGACUUUAGGCUGGAGACAGGGCCAGAGGCGGGCUCCCCCAACCCACCCUUCUCUGCUCCGAGCCACCCAGGCCCUACAUGCGCCAACAGCUUCCUAAGGGAGGCAGGAGGGGGACGGGUGAACCGAGGUGAAGCCGGAGACAGACUGGGCUGAGGAUGGCCGGCUGGUGGGGGGCAUCCUGUUUAGGGGGCCUGUUCCACAAAGGCCACCCUUGGCCCCUCCCUCUUGCCGGCUCAGACCAAAGGAAGAGAGAUGGUAGCUCCAAGGCCCCACUGUCGCUGCCACCUCCCAGGCCUGCCAACGUGAAUGGCCUGCAGAAUUCAGUCAGCAGGACAGCCGGCCUUGGGGAGUCACUUCCUUCCAUCUCAGCUUCAUCCUCCACUACUCCUGGGACCAGAAUGCACCUGCACAGCCUCAGUCUCAGCUUCCUUGUCUGUGACACGGGAACAACCCCUCCUUCCCAGCCCUGUGGUCAGCGUCCGGCACGGUGCCUGGCACCUUCUCUCCCUGCCCCUCCUUUGGGAACUGCACUCUCUAGGACUGUGUGGCAAGCCCGGCCAGGGUGUUCUUAAACUCAUCCAGUUUGAGCAUCAGAGUCCGAACAUGACGGUUUACAUGUACCAUGCUCACGGUCUGCUUCCUGCUCCACCUGAGCAGGUUCUGCGGGUCCCGAAGCACCUCCGAAGGCAGCCACUGUUGCGGGGAACCCUGGCUUGUUCCAAGUCACAGACUCACACCUUGCCCCAGUUCAGGACAGCAGGACCUGAGAGAAGCCCAUCCCCACAGUGCCCCUGAUGGAAAAGGGAGGUGGCCCUCAUCUAGCUCCCAGCCAGGGCACACUGGCCACCUUUGCAGUGAGGGAUGGAGGGGACAGACCUGGGUCCACCUUCAGUCCUAACCAGAUGGACAUGCCUCACACCUCUUGGGCACCGAAGGCGUGGAGAACCCGCAGUUCCAGCUGCCAGGUUCCGCGUAGUCCAGGGGUGGCGAACCUGUGGCUGCGGGCUGCAGUGUGAUGUCUGUACAAACAAAAGCUCUGAAGGUUCACCCUCAGGGCUCUGGUCCUUCCUCAAGCCCUUUUGUAGGCGGUUCUCUGAUGGCCCUCAGGGCCAGACAGUGCCUCGGAGAAGCAGCCCUGAUGAAGGACCAGGAGCAGGGAGGGCUGGGGACUGGGGAGGCCUGGGUGCCCACAGGCAGCACUAAGCGCAGACGGGGUUCUCCACGGCAGGAGCAGGGGCGAGGACGCAGGGGGUGCUCUGUAGGGCCCACUCCAUUUUCCAGGGUGAUGGGGAGGCUGAAGGAGGGGGCGGGGAGGCGGGGCCUCCUGUAAAUCUGGGUCAAGACGGCCUCAGAUUUGAGCAAGCAGGGCCCGUGAGCCUCGGAGCAGCAGCUGUGGGGGUCGGGGGUCCGGCUCCAUAGGUGGGGCACGGGGAAGGCUCGCGCAGUGGAGGAGCAGGGUGGGAAACCGGGGUGUCACAGCCAGCCAGGAGGCAGCAGAGGCGCCCACCACUCCCGUCUCCGUGACCUGGGCCCUGGGCAGCGCCUGCACUGGUUCUCCUUUCACCGCUAGGCAGCUGCCUGCUCAAGGCAGGGACCACGGGGAAGUCUGAGAAAGGAAUGAGGAGGCCGGGUGGGGCCGAGGCACGUGUGGGAGACUUGUGAGGGGCCAUUGUGCACGGCCCGGGCACAGGGCCUCUGUGGGCGUGGCUCCCGGGCUGUUUGUGCCCAGGGUGCGGGGUGUGCUGGUGUCCCCCGUGCCUGCUGGCCGCUCUGCACCAUCUGCAGAGAAAUAAUGGGCACGGUGUACCCCCUCAACACAAAAUUGGAAAUUUAUUGUUAUUAGAAGGCAAAAAAAUGUACAGUUACAAGAAUCAUUUUCCAAACAGAGGUUAAAUAUGAGUGAAAAGUGUAAAAAAGGAAGAGGAACAUCACUUUACAAAUCAUUAAACAAAUAAAACAACCAAAAACAAAAUCCAAA